CGCCGCCAUGCGCGCCAUCGCGCGCCGCGCGCUUCUCAUCUCGUGCAUCGCGAUAUGUUUCGUCGCCUCGCACGCGCGUGUGGCGCCGUCGGACGUCGACGAUGGCGGUUUCACCGUCACGAGGCGCGUCGAACGCGUCGCGUCAUCGACUGAAAUUUCGCCUUCUUCGCGCGCGUAUGCGGCGACCGAGCCGCCGGCGACGCUCCGGACGCUCGGCCUGUGUCAGUGCACGUUUUCGACCGCGGCAAACGGGCUCGAGUGCGAUCGCGAGGGCGCCGUCGUGGGCGGUUUCGAGGCGAGCGGCGAGUACGCCGGCCGGGACGGGCGCGGCGACGGGUUGGUGCCGCUAUCUCGAGCGAUAUGCUGCGUCCCGUGCCUGAGCUCGAGCGAUUUGGACGGUAAGACAAAGGUUCGAGAUGUGUUUCCGGCGGUGACGGACGCGGCGGACGGAGAGGCGACGAUCGAGAGUUUGAGAGCGCUGAGCGUGGACUGCGUGCCCACGCGGGCGAGCACGCCUUCGGGACAGGACAUGGUGUGCCCGGCGGGGACAUUCUUGCAAGGCUUCAAUCGGGUGAAUAAGGCACAGACGACGCGGGGGUCGGCGUUUUAUUAUCCCAAAGACCAAGGCGAGUGCUGCAAGGUCAAGUUUGUGUUGCCGAGCGGAAACGCUCUCGGGACGAACGAGUGCGAGUGCGCGGCGGAGGAAGGGUUCGAUGUUUCGUGCGGGCAAACGAACACGCCCGAGGCUGUCGGCACGAACGGGGCGGCGGUGAGUGGGUUUGAGUCAGUGAUAUCCGCGAUGGGCGCCCUCGGCUCGCCAAUGCUCGUGCCCUCGACGCCGUUGCGAUGCUGCAAGGCGUGCGUGCGACGAGACGCCGCGCCGCAACCGUUGAGCGACGGGUGCUCGCAUUUGAAUCACUGUAACGGUCACGGGGACUGCGUCAUCGACGGUCACUGCGAGUGUCACAUCGGGUGGAUGGGCGACGCGUGCGGUGAUGUCGACGACGGCGCGGCCGGGAUGUACGGCGAGACGUGGCAAUACGCCGUGAUGUUGAGCGGCGUCUUACUCGGAUGUUGCAUUCGCGCCAUUCUUUGCCGGCACGUGGAACAGGUCAACUUAAUCCGGGCGCAGCGGUUGAUGAUGCACGAACCAUUGUUACGUCAACGCGAAGACAACACCGUGAUGGAUGAGUGGGAAGAGGCGAGCGAUUUGAGCACGUCUGACGACGAGGACGGCGCCGGCGACGGUGAGCAACCGCCGGCGACGAACGAGGACGCCACCUCGGAACUCACCGAUCCCACCGCCGCACACUCCAACGAUAGCGAUGACCGCGAAGACACCGGCGAAAUUCCUCCGUCUUCCUCCAUCGAAGUCUCGGAAGACGAAACCGGCGAACCCGUCGUCACAAAGUCCAAGCGCCGCAGCGGCGUCCCCGACAGCGAGUGCGUCGCCUGCGUGCUCUUGCUCGGCCCGCGCGACGACGAUCUCGCUGCGUGCGCGCUGAAGCUCGCGGACGUCGCCGCCGCGCACAAUUUGCGCGUCUUUACGCUGUCGCACGACGACGUGGAUGGGUUGACGCGCGAUGGGCGCGAGCUGCGGUUGGCGCGCGGCGACGGCGACGCGUACGCGCUUCGCGGCUCCGGCGAGGACGCCGCCGUCGUCGCGCUGGACGCGACGGACGGUAUUUUGGCGCAACUAGGAUACGAAUGCGUCCUCUGCCUGGUCGUGGGCGGGCGCGAGGUGUGCUUGGGUGAGGAUGGGCGCGGGAGUCGCGCUCGACGAUGCGCCAAUCGCGCCGCCGUCUCGGGAACGCCCACCGUGUGCGCGACGAUCCCGACGACGACGCAGACGACGUCGUUCGAGCCGUGCGCGUGCGCGCUCGAGCAACUCGUGAGUGUCGUCCUGCGAGUGCUGCCGACGAAGUCGCCCGCGAACAAUCCUCGCUCACAUUUUCCGUUUCCGACGAACGGGCGGUGGGCGAGCCUCGGCACGGCGCAGUUGCCGAUGGACGACGAGCUGGCGAGGCAAGUUUUAGAUGACGGUGGCGAUGAUUUCGCCGCCAAAGAUUGUUGGUCGCUCGGCGGCUCGGGCACGGUUCACGUCAACGACACCGCCGUCGAACACACGACUCCACAGUCGCGACGCGCGGCGCUAAGAGACGCGUUCGUGGAGGCGGACAUUUACUUGGAUUUGAGCGUUCCGGCGAAAUGGACGCCGAAGUCAAAGUUCCGCGCCGCCCGUCCCGGCGUGUUUUGGCGCCAGCAGCGCGUCCAGGCCGUGUUCGACGACGAAGUCCCCGUGGAUUCCGUCCCCACCGACCGCUUCGGUCGAACGCUGCCGUCGCAAACCGUCGCCUCGGACGUCCGAGCGACGGACCGCGACGCUCGAUUCGUCCGACAGCUCGCCACCGAGAGGCUCCUCGCCGCGCGCGCGUCGUCGCAACCAUCACCAUCAUCAUCGACGUCGUCCGACGCGCGUCCGCUUUCCUCCGCGUUCCGCGUCACCAAGGGCGUCGUCGUCGCCGACGACUCGCCUCGCGGCGACCUCGACGCCGUCGCGCGCGGCUUCGCCGCCGUCGUCUCCGUCCCCACCUGGCCCUUCGCCCACGCCUUCGCCCUCACCGACCGCGUUUUCCUCGAAUCUCUUCGCGAGGACGUCGCGACCGGUCUCCCUUCCUUUUUAAUCGAUCCUUAG